AAUGACCUAAUGACAUUUUUAUUCAGUUUAUAUUUGUAUAUAAUUUGGUAAAAUGGGUGAAAAAUAAACGUGUAAUUGCGCUGAUCUUGCAUUAAUUCGAUAGGUCUUGAAUGUGUCAGUUGUUCAGGAGUAGUUUUAAUAUAUUGAGGUUUAUUCCAGACGUCCGUGCAAAGUUUCGUGGCGGUGGUUCGGGGCGUCUCACGGGCCUAUCGCCGACCCGAGAAAACACCUUGAAUUCACACCUUAAAUCCACACCUCCUGACCUCCUAUUGGCGGAUCCGCUACAUAUAUCCGUCACUCUGCGUCACUGGGUCGAUGACAGCGGCCUUCGGCAGAGGCUACACAGCAUCUCUAAAGGUGACUAUGCGUUUCAGCGACGACCCCGCUCUUUUCCAGCUGUGCGCAGACAACAUGUUCGACAACGAAGGCCCCGUUUGCGCAGACGUGGAGCAGCUCGCCGACAUGCGCUCGCCGAGCUCCGGGCCCUCCAGUCCGCUGUCCGUGAACUCAGACUCCAGCUGCACCAGUCCCGAGGGCAAGUCCGGUGGCUCCGCACAGCAGAGAGUGCGGCGGCCCCUGAACGCCUUCAUCAUCUGGACCAAAGAAGAGCGCAGGCGGCUGGCUCAGCUCAACCCAGACCUGGAGAACACGGACCUGAGCAAAAUACUCGGAAAAACGUGGAAGGCCAUGUCCUUGGCUGAGAAGCGUCCAUACAUGCAGGAGGCGGAGCGCCUGAGGGUCCAGCACACCAUCGACUAUCCCAACUACAAGUACAGGCCGCGCAGGCGGAAGCAGCUGAAGAGGAGCUCCAGGGCCCCGACCCCCGAGGCGCCCCACCCCUCCCUCCAGCAUUACCCCGUGCCCUACAACCUCACGUACCUGCUCCAGAACCAGCAGCACGCCUUCCAGGGCAAUUACCCCGGCCCCGCGCCCUGCUUCGCCCCAGCGCACGGCGGCUACCCACACACGCCCGCGUUCCCGGACGCGGCAGCGGACCCCUUCUCCAACAAGCCCAUGACGUACCCAACCCCCCCCACGCGCCCCGAGGAGGCCCCGCUGUACUACAGCAGCCAGCACAGACACGCGCCCCUCGAUUUCCCAGCAGGUCCCCCCUUGGAGCAGGAGGAGUCCCGGGUGUACAGGAGCCCACUGGGCCCCGCGGGGCCCUCACUAGAGUUUUACCUAGAGCAGAUACAGCUGGAUAUGCUGUAUGACCUCGACCGCAGCGAGUUCGAACAGUACCUGGGUCCUGCUCAGCACAGGCCUGAGUCAGUGGAUCCCAGCAGCUACAGCGAAGAACACUCACUGUAG